UUAGUUGCUGAGAUUGAUGAUGCUAUGAGGAAAGCUGGUGUUGCCCAUAAUAAAUCCAGCAAAGAUAUGGAGAGUCAUGUGUUUAUGAAGGCCAAAACAAGGGAGGAAUAUCUUUCUCUUGUGGCCAGACUUAUUAUCCAUUUUCGAGAUAUUCACAAUAAGAAAUCUCAAGCCUCAGUUAGUGAUCCAAUGAAUGCCCUGCAGAACCUAACUGGGGGUCCCCCCGCAGGGGCACCUGGAAUGGGCAUGGCUUCCCGAGCCCAAGGAGCACCGAUGAGUGGGAUGAGUGGCCUUGGUGCCAUGGGACAGCAGAUGAGUCUCCCAGGGCAGCAGCAGCCUCCUGGAACCUCAGGAAUGGCCCCUCAUGGUAUGCCUGGUGUCUCUACAGCUACUCAGCAGACCCAACUUCAGCUUCAGCAGAUAGCUCAGCAGCAGCAGCAGCAGCAGCAACAACAAUUCCAGCAGCAACAGGUGGCUUUGCAGCAGCAGCAAUUCCAGGCCCAGCAGUCAGCCAUGCAACAACAGUUUCAGGUCCAGCAGCAGCAACAACAGCAGUUGCAAGCCGUCCAGCAGCAGCAGCAGCAGCAACAGCAGCAGUUGCAAGCUGUCCAGCAACAGCAACAGCACAUGCUGAAACUGCAGAUGCAGCAGCAGCAAAACCAACAGCAGCAGCAACAGCAACAACAGCAACUACAGCGCAUUGCCCAAAUGCAGCAGCUGCAGGCAGCACAGGCUAUGCAGGCGCAACAGCAACAGCAGCAGCAGCAACAGCAGCAACAAAUACCACAACAGCAGAUACAGCAGCAGCCGCCACCUCAACAAGUAAUGCAACAGCAGAUACAACAGAUGCAGCAGCAACAACAGCAACAACAGCAGCAGCAGCAGCAGCAACAGGUUACUCAGGCGCAACAGUCUCAGCUUCCACCACAAUCCCAGCCUCAACCCCAGCCCAUGGUGUCUCAGCCACAGGCAAUCUCAGGACAAAUUCCUAGUCAGGUUAUGCCUGUUACUCUAACACCACAGCAAUUAAAAGCAAUGCAGGUAAGGGCUAGUCACCAGCUGAUUAAAGCUACAGUACCUGGUAUUGUCAUAGGACGACCUGAUGGUACAGAAGAGAAGUUGCAAGAAGAAAUUGAACCUUGGGCGUACAGUCUAUGGAAGACUGUUUUAAAUGUUAAAACCAUGGGAACUUCUUUUCCUAAAGAAAGCUCAGAAACUAGGGAUAAUGUAAGAGCUCAGUUGGUCCAGCAGCAGCAGGCAGCAGCAGCAGUGCAAGCAGCUCAGGCCCAAGCUGCUCAGAUGGGAGCCUCAGGGCAGAUGAUCACCGCACCUAUGGCCCGAGGUGGGAUGCAAAUAAGACCACGGUUCCCGCCUACCACCGCUGUGUCUGCUACACCGCCAAGCUCCAUUCCUUUGGGCGGACAGCAAAUGCCACAGGUCAGCCAGAACAAUAUUACCAUGAUGUCAUCCCCAUCUCCUGUCCAACAAGCUCAAACCCCCCAGUCAAUGCCUCCACCACCACAGCCGCAGCCAUCUCCUCAGCCAGGCCAGCCAACUUCUCAGCCAAAUUCAAACGUCAGCUCCGGCCCAGCUCCAUCACCCAGCAGCUUUCUCCCCAGUCCAUCUCCGCAGCCAUCCCAGAGCCCAGCAGCUGCACGAACACCUCAGAACUUUAGUGUCCCAUCCCCAGGUCCUUUAAACACUCCAGGAAAUCCGAAUUCUGUCAUGAGUCCAGCCAGUUCUAGCCAGUCAGAAGAGCAACAGUAUCUGGAAAAACUCAAACAGCUAUCAAAAUACAUUGAGCCACUCCGGAGGAUGAUCAAUAAAAUAGAUAAAAAUGAAGAUAGGAAGAAAGACCUGAGUAAAAUGAAGAGUCUCCUGGAUAUUCUGACUGACCCUUCAAAACGGUGCCCUCUGAAGACGCUGCAGAAAUGUGAAAUUGCUCUGGAGAAGCUGAAAAAUGAUAUGGCUGUGCCUACUCCACCGCCUCCUGCAGUGCCCCCCACCAAACAGCAGUACUUGUGUCAGCCACUUCUGGAUGCUGUUUUGGCCAACAUCCGUUCACCAGUCUUCAACCAUUCUCUUUACCGUACAUUUAUGCCAGCUAUGACUGCAAUUCACGGGCCACCGAUCAUGGCCCCUGUUGCUUCCCCUCGAAAACGGAAACAUGAAGAGGAUGAAAGACAAACCAUACCAAAUGUCUUACAAGGAGAAGUUGCAAGAUUAAAUCCUAAAUUCCUGGUGAACCUGGACCCUUCCCACUGCAGUAAUAAUGGCACAGUUCAUCUCAUAUGCAAGCUAGAUGACAAGAAUCUUCCAAAUGUCCCACCACUACAGCUUAGUGUUCCAGCGGACUAUCCAGAUCAGAGCCCUCUGUGGAUAAAAAACCCCAGACAGUAUGCAGCCAAUCCCUUUUUGCAGUCCGUGUAUCGGUACAUGACUUCCAAACUAUUGCAGCUUCCGGACAAGCAUUCAGUCACGGCGCUCUUAAACACCUGGGCACAAAGUAUUCGUCAGGCCUGCCUCUCUGCUGCAUAACGUCUCACUUCCUAAACCAGGAAGCAAGAAAGAAGGUCUCAACAGCUGGUCUCUUCCACGUGCCAUUGGAAGAUCGCAUUUUGGGGAGGGUACCUCAGAAGAAAGAAGCCUUAUGUUGUUUUGUUUCUAGGUGUCAGGUGCAGUAGAGAACCUGAUGUUAGACUUAGUUUUCAUGCUUUUUAUCUUCUGCUUCUGUGGACUUUUGCCAGGAUUUUCAAAUAUACAAAAUGUGUAUAUAUGGUUCUUGAGACUGUAUUAGGAUGAGCUUUUAUUGUCUUCUUAGAGAAGAAAUUAUUUGUGGACUUCCGUCAGGGAGUCUGGUAUAAGAGGGAGUAGGGAGAGAAUGUCCUAAUUUGCUUCAAAGUUUGCUCAGUGCCAGUAUUCGUUUCACACUGUAUGUUUUGUGACCUGAUACUACCCCAGAAAUGAAUUAGCUGCAACUAGAA